AUGGCUUCCAAGGUGUCCUGUCUAUAUGUUUUGACAGUCGUGUGCUGGGCCAGCGCCCUCUGGUAUCUGAGUAUAACUCGUCCCACUUCUUCCUACACUGGCUCCAAGCCGUUCAGCCACCUAACAGUCGCCAGGAAAAACUUCACCUUUGGCAACAUAAGAACUCGACCUAUAAACCCACAUUCUUUUGAAUUUCUUAUAAAUGAGCCCAACAAAUGUGAGAAGAACAUUCCUUUCCUGGUUAUCCUCAUCAGCACCACCCACAAAGAAUUUGAUGCCCGCCAGGCAAUCCGAGAGACGUGGGGGGAUGAGAACAACUUCAAAGGGAUCAAGAUAGCCACUCUCUUCCUUCUGGGCAAGAAUGCCGAUCCCGUGCUGAACCAGAUGGUGGAGCAAGAGAGCCAGAUCUUCCACGACAUGAUUGUGGAGGACUUCAUCGACUCCUACCAUAACCUUACCCUUAAGACAUUAAUGGGAAUGAGAUGGGUGGCCACUUUUUGUUCAAAAGCCAAGUAUGUCAUGAAAACAGACAGUGACAUUUUUGUAAACAUGGACAACCUUAUUUAUAAACUACUAAAACCCUCCACCAAGCCAAGGAGGAGGUAUUUUACUGGCUAUGUCAUCAAUGGAGGACCAAUCCGGGACGUCCGCAGUAAGUGGUACAUGCCCAGGGAUUUGUACCCUGACAGUAACUACCCACCUUUCUGUUCGGGGACUGGCUAUAUCUUUUCAGCGGAUGUGGCUGAACUCAUUUAUAAGACCUCACUCCACACAAGGCUGCUUCACCUUGAAGAUGUAUAUGUGGGACUGUGUCUUCGAAAACUGGGCAUACAUCCUUUCCAGAACAGUGGCUUCAAUCACUGGAAAAUGGCCUAUAGUUUGUGUAGGUAUCGCCGAGUUAUCACCGUGCAUCAGAUCUCUCCGGAAGAAAUGCACAGAAUCUGGAAUGACAUGUCAAGCAAGAAACAUCUCAGAUGUUAAGAUUUUUACCAGUGUAAAUACAUUUCUUUUCUUUUUUAAGAAAUGGGGCCUAGGGUGUUGGUAUUUAACAAGUGUCACCGGGGGAAAUGAACUGGUGAAGGGGUUUUAUAAAAAGUUUUUUCUUCCCACUCCUAGUUUCUUUCUUCGAUUACCAAUUUACGAAUGUCAGGCUCUGGUCAUAGAAACAAUACACGAGUUAAAAGGGCCAGAUUUCAUUCUCAGGUCCUAAGGCAUUGCAUUUAUCUCAAAAAGCGACUUCCUGACAACUGCUAGGAUUUACAUACUGUGCAUCUGAGAUAAAAAUCUGGUUCUGGGACACGGAAACUCACUGUAAUGUCUUCAUAUCAUCUCUGCAAAAAUGAAUAAGUAAAUAACUCUUUUUCAGAAGUAAUUCAGAAAUAGUUCACAGUCAGGAAGACACAUUCAAUGUGAUUGUUAACAUUGUGUGUGCCGUUAUAUUGAAUUUUUACAUAUAUUGCCAUGGAACAUGUACAGUGUUUGCUGUCCCAGCAAGAAAUGAACUUAGGCCUGGCAGGAAGGCUUCAGUUAAAUAAAUGGAAAUCUAAACUUGAAAAUUAAAUAGUCUGUAUGUUUGGAAGACAACUCUGCCUGCUCAUCCAAGGAUUAAACCUGGUCAUUGGGUGGAAUGUAUAUAAAAUGCUACUUAACAAA